AUGUCUGGUCUGUUUCAAAAUUUGCUGAAAGGCGGAUCGCAAGGCCCAGCCGCGGGAGCUUCGAAGCAAGAGGAUACAGACUUCGCCGAAUUCGCCGUACCAUCUCAGCAGUCCGGCUCGCCGAUUUCCGCGGCCACAGACCCCCGUUCGACCCUCGAAGCGCCAGGAAGCAACGUGCCGUACACAAGAUGGUAUCGCGUAUGGGAGCGGACGUCGCCAAAGGACUUCAUGCAAGAAGCAUUUGUUCUUCCAUUUAUUAUUUUUAUUGUCAUUUUCCAUAUAUGGGGAACCCGAAAGAACCGCAGCAAGGCUAAGGCGUGGGCGCAAGCUCAUAUCCCAGUUUUGCACAAUGAGUUUGCUGUUGUGGGUUUCAAAAGUGUGCGAAGGGGCGCUGGACUCAAGGAUCUUUCAUCCUCAGAGGACCUAAUGAUUGAUGAUAGCUUACUGAAGGAGAAUGCCGCAAAUGAGUUUUCUACGUACGCAACCGGACGGCAAAAUGUCGCGUUUGUGGAUAUCUCGAUCCAGCUAUGGAAACGAUAUAACCCUGCGUUUAUGAUAGGUGAUUCCAUUAUGGGUCUAUUUUUCGAAUCCCUAUCCACCCCAGCAGAAAAAAUUGAGAUCACUGCCUACCCGUUCGACGGCAAAGAAAAGGACAUGGUUCCAGCACCCCCAGCGGAAAAAGAGCAGUUGACCAAAGGAAACAAUUCUGCCUUUGAUGGAUUUGUUUUUGCCAUUGUGCAUAAAAAUGCCAUGCGCAAAUUGAGAGAGGAUCGAUAUGAUGUUUCCUUAACAUUCACAAAGGACAAUGCGAAACUCCCAGGCUGGAUUACAGUAAUGAGCGAGAGUGCGGAGAUUACAGAUAUUAUUCUUACCAAUGAACUCAUUAAGGCCGUUGAAGAUGCUGGCGAUGACUUCGAAUACUUGCUCAUCACCGAUCAACCUGCAGAUAAGCCAAACACGGUCGAGGAGGUUACAUCGCGCAAGCGCACCAUGCUCUCCAUGCGUGUGCCAUCAUCCACAUCGUCCACUGCAUAUGCUUCUUCACUUCCCCUUUUCCAUCUCUUCCUUCGUCUUAACGAUCGACUUGCCUCUGCUGCUCGGUUCCGUCAAGAAGUCCUCCGUAAACUCCGCGCCACUCGAGAAGACGAACUACGCAAGCUGCGACGCGCCAGCGAAGAAGAGAAGGCUGAAGAACGCAAAGCUGCUGCCGAAAAAUCAAAGAAAGAAGAGCGGGACAAACUCUUACGUGGUAUGUCUGCGGAAGAGCAGAGGAAAUAUCUAGAGAAGGAAAAGGAAAGAGAGACGAAGAGGGAGAUGAAGAAGCAUUCCAGGAGAGCUUGA